AUUGGUUCGCUCCAUUAGGCGGGGAGUAGCGAGGGCGGAACUGGGGCUAUUUGGGAGCGCUCAGGUCUGCCUGGAAAGUCGCAAGCCUGUACUAAGAAGAGGCCCUGCGAUCGUGCUGCCAAGGUUUUUCUGUUCCUUUUUUCUCCCUGUUUAUCUCCAAGCAGCCAGUGGCCCAUAGCAGCAUGACCACCAAUAUGGGCCCCUUACACCCAUACUGGCCCAGGCACCUGAGGCUGGACAACUUUGUGCCUAAUGACCUCCCGACCUGGCAUAUUUUGGCUGGCCUAUUCUCCGUCUCUGGGGUCCUAAUUGUGAUCACGUGGCUGUUGUCUGCUCGAACUUCCGUUGUCCCACUUGGAACUUGGCGUCGACUGGCCCUGUGCUGGUUUACUGUUUGUACAUUCAUUCACCUUGUGAUCGAGGGCUGGUUCUCUUUCUACCAUGACAUCCUUCUUGAAGACCAAGCCUUCUUAUCCCAACUCUGGAAAGAGUAUUCCAAGGGAGACAGCCGAUAUAUCCUUAAUGAUGACUUCAUCGUCUCUAUGGAGACUAUCACAGCUUUUCUCUGGGGACCACUCAGCCUGUGGGUAGUGAUUGCCUUUCUCCGCCAGCAGCCCUUCCGCUUUGUCCUACAGCUUGUGGUCUCUGUGGGCCAGAUAUACGGGGAUGUGCUGUACUUCCUGACAGAGCAGCGCGAUGGCUUCCAGCAUGGGGAGCUAGGCCACCCCCUUUAUUUCUGGUUUUACUUUGUUAUCAUGAAUGGCAUAUGGCUGGUGGUACCUGGAGUCCUCGUGCUUGAUUCCAUAAAGCAUCUCACUCAUGCCCAGAGCAUGCUGGACAGCAAGGUCAUGAAAACUAAAAGCAAGCAUAACUAAAGAGCAGUAGAGUGGGCCGGAACACCGUUGCUGAGGCGUUCUGCCCACCUCCCAGAAGACCCAAGUCCUCCUCCCACAGGUUGGAGGGUCAGAACUAUCUGAUUAGUCACACUCCAGCUGAGGAGUAAGCACAAAAAGAGGCAGUCAGGAAAGGUAGAGAAUGUGUGGAGCUACUGCCGGGAACCAUUGGGGAAAAGAUGUAAGGGGGAGGGGGUCCGUGAUGGUGGCAAUUUUCAAAACCAAAAAAUAAAAUAUCUUUAAUUAUAA